UGGAUAUUAUAUCAGUUAUUGGAUGUUGAGCAAUGACAUUGAGGCUGCUUCAAACCUGGUAAUGAGAGACGAAAGGAAGAAAACUAGAGACACGGAAGUCGGUAGUACGAAAACGAGGUCUCACGUACCCAUGUCUGAGCGUCAACAGUUUGCCUUGUUGAAACAAUUGGAGACUGAAAAGUGCAUGAGCGUUAAAGGAUCUGAUAAACGUGAUAAUAGACGUUCUUUAUCUAUUCGAGAUGUAAGUCUAGUUCGCCUGGCAAGAAAUGGUGAUUUGGAUUCAGUAAAACAAAUGAUAAAGGAUGGAGCUAAUGUGAAUGAACAAGACGAAAGUGGUUGGACAGCGUUGCAUGAAGUAUGUAUGCGAAAUGUUCCACGAAUGGUUGAAUAUUUACUACGACAUGGAGCUGAUCCUGGUAUAGUGAAUGUGAAUGGUGACACAGCACUUCAUUGUGCUGUGCGAAUAGGAUCUUUGCGUACUGUUCGAGCACUCUUAUACUACAAUGCCAAUCCCUUAGUAUCCAACCAUAAAGGUGAUAAGCCGUUGGAUUUAUGUCAAGACUCUGAAGUCUCCAGUUUUCUUAAACAACAUAUUGAUAACAAUCAGUUAAAUAUGGUUUCUUCAUCUGGUCAUGGAAAAUUGAAGGUUAGCCGUCAACAUUCAACAACAUCACAUAAUACAAAACACUUAACAUCUAGCUCCUCCUCUGUUGAACAUUACACUGGGUCAAAAGAUAACAAUAGUCUAACGAGUAUAUCUGACGAUGUUUAUUCCGAUUCAGAUGGUCAUGAUGAUAAUGGUAACGAAAAUGAUGGUGAUGCUGAUGAUGAUGGUUAUUCAAAUUUAGGUGUGAGCAAAUCUACCACUCAUUUAUCGCAUAGUCAUAAUAUGAUCAGUCCAACAAAUAGUCAUCAUUCUGAUAUGAUGAAUAAUUUGUCUUCUAGUGGUCAGUAUAGUCAUCAAACAUCCAGCAGUAGUCCAUCGGUGUUAUCAUCUGUACAAAAAUGUAUGCCUGAUAUGCACAGCUCAACAAAGUCCUCGAAAAAAGAUCCGUAUGCAUUUGAAGAUGAUGAGAAUGACGACACAGUGAAUAGUUCUGCCAACACAUUACUUCAUUCGUCGGCAGUCUCCACUGGACAAAUUGGAAUUCAUUCUAAUUGUAGCAGUAGUGGUGGUGGUGGCGGUGGUGGAGGUGCUGGCUUUAUUGGUACAGUAACAUCGACUAGAUCAAAUAUUACUAAUACCAGUCCUAAUAAUAGUGGCAGUAGCCUGUUGUCAAAGCCAUCCCGCCAAAUCUCUUCAUCUAAUUUGUCUACUGUAGUAGAGUCCGGAAAUACUAGUUCGGAUAGUAAUCAUAGUUAUAAUACAACUGGUGGACCUCCACUUCGACUUCGGUUUGCUAAAGAAGCUGGACAAUACACACUAAUGGAACAACAACAGCAGCAACAGGUUGAUUUGUCGUCAUUGUCGAAUUGUGAUAUCAAUUCCAGUGGUGGAACAACUGAAGUAUCUAAUUUCAAUAGUAUGAACGAUAACAAUACCAGUGGUGGGAGCAGUAACAAUAACAAUAAUAUUGCUGGUCAUCUGGAUAGUAAUACUAAUAAUAUUGACAACAGAAAUGAUCAAGACGUCGGUUUAUUGGUGUCAAUGAGAAGCGAACAGUUGACGGGACAAGAUUUAGAUAAUAUUUCUACAUCGUGUCAAUCGGAAUCAUCAGGAGGUGAAGAGUCGUCGCAAAAAGUUCCACCUUUACGUAUUAAGUUUGCGUCAGGCACAUCCGGAGAUAAUGAAUCCUCUGUAACCUCAUUGUCAGCGUCAGUUGGAGCGCCUAGUGGAUAUUCCAUCCAUCUAAACAAUUCUGAUAGUCAUAACAACAAUGAUAAUAAUCUGGAAAAUAAUGGGAAUGACGAGGUAGAUAGAAAGGAUAAGUUUGAUAUUAAAUCUCGGCUAUCUGUUGACGAUGUCAGUCGAAGUGAUGGUAAAGAGCUUGCAGCUUCCAUUUCAACCAAUACUCUCAAUACAAUCUCUUCAAGUACAUCAGAGAAAGAAAAAAUUGACAGAAGUCAUGAUCAUGGUUUAAGUCACCACUCCAAAACUCAUAGAUCUCAUAGUCAUAACACUACAAUGAAUCCCAAUACAUCACAACAUCCUGUUGACUCCAGUACAAGUUUGUCAACUUCUUCAAGUCCUGUACCUACAACCUGUUCGACUCCGACGACAACUACUGUCAACUCGACAGGCAAUAGUGGUGUGGUUAGCAGUACAGGUACAGGUAGUUCAAGUCGUUCAAAGGUGGAAAGUACACAAGAGGCGAAUAACAGUCAUGCAAAUAAUGCCAGCAGUAACAGCAGCAGUCGGACAACCAACAGCAAUAGAGAGACGGGGAAAGAGACGCAUCGACAUCGUAGUGGGCGUACAUUGCGUUCACAUACAGCCGCUCAACGUGAAAAGGAGGAAAAGGAACGUCAUACCGAUGACACUAGUCCAAUUAAAAAGCGUAAACUACGCUCAAGGUCAGAUGCUUCAAGUCACGAUAGUAAUACUACUACUAAUAAUAACAGCAAUUCACAGAAUCGCAACAGUGGGAAUACUGCAGCUGGAAAUGAUCAUAGUUCAUCUGCAGUUACCACUACCCAGUCUGGAUCCACGCCUACUUCCAGUGUUUUAUCGUCUACAAAUACCGCUGUUGUAAAUACAGAAGUAAGUAACGAUCUACCUCUAACAUCGAGUACUACUAUCCCCCAGGUUGAUACUCCUAUGACUAAUGAAGAGAAAAAACCACCUGUUGUCAGUGCUCAGACAGUAAUUACCGACGAAGACACUGAUGUACCUAUGCCAGAUGUUUCUGAAUUAGAACAAAAGCCUGUAAGUAUGGAUGUCGAUGUUAAAUCUGAGACAUGUGGUUCGCCUGCAUCAGUUGCUACACUGAGUAUGGAUACAACCACUAAUAUGGAUGUGCAAGUGCCAUCAACAAUCACACCCCCGUCAUUGUCGUCAUCAGUGUCAAUAACAACAACAACAACAACAACACCAGCAGUAACCAUGUCCACAGCAUCAGUGGAACAGUCAGGAGGGUGUCAGGGUGAAGCAGAUACGAAUGUGGAUUAUUUACUAUGUCCUGCUGGUCCUGGAGAUGAGGAUCGGAAAGAUAUUGAGCUGCUUAAAUUUCAAAAUCCUUAUGAGAAAGCAGCUGAACUGAAUAAAGGUUUGCGUGAGCUUGUUAAGAAUCUUGUGAAAGUUCAUCCCAAAGCACCGUGUGGUUAUCAAGACUAUCUUCUGGUUACGCGUAAUUACCUGUUGGCUAAUCAACCAUCCUUUGCUACUUAUAUGAAACGUUUACCACCAGGUAAUUUGGAGCCAGCUUUUGUUGAAUUAUUCAAUGAACAAGAAGAAGAACGUUAUGCUCAAGCAUUGAAGCAUCAGUCCGAACGGGAACACCUCCAGUUGGGAGCAGAACAAGCUGUACUACGUGCUCAAACACGUGGGGCUUUAGCAGUUGCCAAUCAAUCGAAACCCUAUUCAUUUUGUUCCAUAUUAUCUUAUAACGAUUUAACAUAUAUACCACCGGUCGGAAAAGAAGAUAAUCGGGAAGAAGAAAGUGUUCGUGGUCGUUUCACACCGCGUACAUUUAUCGGUUGGCUUCAGGAUAUAAUUGAUACAUAUCAAAGCGAAAAGAAAAAAUUGUUAUGUCGUCAGCUUCAUGAAGCAGAAUCCUUAAUGAUGGUGCAAAAACUUGACUGGGAGAUGAAAGCGCGUGAAACACUGGCCAAUGUGGAUUGUAUCGGCCUAGAUGGAUUCAAAGAUAUUCCAGGUAGUUGUGUACCAAUGAUUCCAGUGCCGAAUGAUUUUCCAUUAUUCGCUCAUGAUCCAGUGCAUCGAUCAACUUCUAUGACAAUGACCAGUAAUAGCAACAGCAAUAGUAAUACUGGUGGUAAUCCCAUUUCUGCAACUAGCACUGUGAUGAAUAGCAUCUCUACUCCUGCCAUAAAGACAACAGCGCCUACUAACACUGUCAGUACGACAACAUCCAACCCGUAAACUGUAAACAAUGAAAUAAGAAUAAGAGUAGUAAUCAUCCAAGAGAAUUGUGCAUUUUCCACAUAUUUCUGUCUAUGUGUGUUCAUAGAUGUGUACAUAUAUGUAUAUAAUUAAUGUGUAUUUGAUUAUCUGUCAGUAUUAUUGGUAGUAUAACCAAUUAUUUUAAAGGACUGAGUUUAAUGAACAAAGAGUAUUUUUUUUUCCUGUAAGUUCUUCAUUAUGUUCUACAGUUGUAUGACCAAAAUUAAUAAACAAUUAUU